AUGACGUCAUUAUUAGCUGUACAAAAACCUCAUUGGAAACCUGAUACAGCUCAUGGAUAUCAUAGUCAUACAAUAGAAUUUACUGCUGGUGAAUUAAUUCACCGUGUUGAUCUUCAUCAUUAUACAUACGGACAAUUUGCUCGUGACGAAUUAGAUGGUGAAUUUUAUGUGGACAAAUCUAAUGAUAUAGUUGAAGCACGUGUUUCUCCUGUCACUCGUAAAGAAGUUGAUACAAGUAAUGUACGUUCAAUGGAGUUACAAACUGAGAAAUCAUUCUUAUGUAGUGGUGCUUUCCGUUUGGGAAGAUCAUUGGUGAUAUUUAAUGAGACUCGACUUCAUCGCGCACAAAUGUCUACUGUCAAUGGAAUUACAAAUGUUCGAUCUUUAGCUCGUAUUUAUUAUUUACUUAUUGGUGAUAUCAAUGAAAAUGGGAAGAAACGAAAGCGUCUUUUAAGUGAAAAAACCAUCAUAGAAGCAACUAAAAAUGUAAUUCUGACAGGCGAACGUGAUCAAAAUUGUUAUAAUAUACCAACAACUUUUAGAAACGGUGGAUUUCAAAUAUAUGGUGAUUGUUGUAAUAUAUUUGAUGAUGAUGUCUUUGGUCAUUUUCGUAAGAAAUAUUUACGAAUCUAA